AUGGGCGAGGUCUUUUUGGACAAAGCAAUUACAGCAAUCACUUCGGAAAAGCAGAAGGAGCGUGUUGAUGGAUUGGCAGACUUGAAGCAUAUUCUUCAGCAAAAUAAACAGAGCUCCAAGUUACGAACAUUAAACGACAAGGCCUGCCACAAGAUCUUCGAGUCCCUAUUCCGGUUUAUUGCGGUUGAGAGAUCAGCCUAUAACCGUGCUCAACGGUCGGCUACCUUAAAGAGCUCGUCUACAACUCGGCUGUCAACAUGUGCGUCGGUUGUUCGGACAGCGGUCGAUGUGUUUCUGCGAAACCUACGCACCAAAUCCGUCCGAGCGAUCAUUGAUCACAUCACGGAGACGAUUCCGCUCCCAGGAGAAGGUUUGUGGGAGCCUCUCAGCGUGGACUAUACCAAAUGCUUGUCCGCAAUCCUCCGCUACCGCCCUCACACGGAACACCUUGGCGACGCAGAGUGGGAAAAACUCAUAGAAUUCUGUCUCGUGGGUAUUAGCAUUCCAGGCACGGAGGAGAGCCAACUCAGUCUUCGAAGUGGACGUCGAUCUGCCGCUGAAGACCCUCUGGAUGCCGGUGACAGCCAUUCAACUCCAUCGAGGGCGACACCCGCUCCCACCCCCAGAGAAAAGUACGUGGGCGAUAGAAAUGCCAUCGGAGAAGUUGUAGUGUGUAUUCAACUUCUGACCACGAGCUCCAAUGCUCCCAUCCAUGCAUCCGCCGAGAACAUCCUUCGCGGACUGGCGGACUUCGUCAAGUCUGCCUCGGUCAUGACAGGAAACGCGCAGCAACUUGCAUUCAAUAGCAUUAAUACAGUCAUUUCCAAGGUGUUGUUCGAUCAGUGCGAACUUGCCCGGUCAUCUCUGUUGGGCCUGAUCCCAGUAGUCCGACAAUUGUGGGCCACGACCAAGCACCAUGGCCUGAAGGAUGAGCUACUUGUCAACUUGAUGCUGUGCAUAGUAGCGCUGGGGGACACGGCCCAGAAGGAACCCUCUGACCAACUAGCACGCUCAAUUGAAGGGUUGGCUGAAACGCUGUACUCUGAAUAUGUGAGGCGAUCCGAAAAAGAUGUCCUCCAGCUCGAUGAGUCAAUAUUCUACCCCAGAGACUCGCCGCAGGUACAACAGAUCUAUGGGCCAUGCCUUGGAAAUAGCAGAUCCGAACAUAAUUGGACGGUCGUCUGGGCUAUCGCCAAAUUGUUGAAGUUGUCAAAAGCCGUCACUGCUCACCUUUCCGCCGGGGACUCCGCCAGCGAGGCCCCCAUCAAGAGACAGCGCAUGAAUUCUGGGAUAGACGAUGUGUUCAGAGACUCGGUUUCUGCAACAGGCUCAAGAAGAAUCUGUGCUCUACAGCUGACUCCUUUCCUCGAGGCGGAGAUCGAUCUUGAGACGAAGGAGUCUUUCCUCCAACGGCUUGUUCUCAACAUCCUAGAUGGCAACAGUGCCGUCUCCUCAUGGACAAUGGUGGCGCUGGAAAGCAUUGCAAGUGGUCAAGAUGCGAAGUUGCCGGCUUUCAAAGUCUGCUGGCCAAGGGUUUUGAGUCUCACGGCCCGCGCAUUCUCUUCUGCCAUUACUUCUAGGGCUGCGUGCCACCUCAUGAGCUCAAUUCUCCAAUGUGACCUGUUGGAACAUUCUGUUGUGACAGAAACGGUGCGCUCAAUGUUAUCUUCUGCCAGCUUGAACGGCCCCUCCGCAAUAUCCGAUGCCUCCUUGAGCCUGUGGACAUUAGUGGCCCGGAUGAGGAACCAGCUGAAUCCAGGAGCGACGCAAGAUGCAUCGAAGCAGAUCUGUAGUUGGUUGAGAGAAGUUUGGACAAUCGGUAUAGUACUCAUGUCCAUCCUUGCCCUCCUUACAGGUGUUGACAACAAAAUUUCAGGUACGAUGACAGAUCGAGUUCAAACGGCUCAAAUUGCCUCGUUUGCUAGGCCUCUUGAACUGCUGAGUCUGUUGUUGGCUUGUACAAAUCGGCCCUUUACAGUCCCACACUCCCAGGUUAAAGGAUUGACUGGUCUUGUGGCUAGAAAUUGGUACUUCUUCCAUGAGAACCGACAGUUACUGGACUAUCUGUUCGAUACCAGAGGCAUUAUGGAUCAUGUUGAUCCGUGGGAGCUGAAGGCAGCAACAUUCUGGCAGCCAUCUGCUCGACGAGAUCCCGAUGAUACAGUGGUUUUAGAUCUCUUACGAGUCAAAUCUGAGACGUUCAUACAAGCCUGGGAGGCCAUGACUGAAGACAGAUCACAUCAUAUUACUCCAGACGUCUUGCAGGUACUGUGUUCUUUUUGCAUAGUGACUGCGAUGUAUGUAUCCUGUCUUCCAGAUCAACUUGACUCUCGAGUACAAGGUUUGCAACAGAAUUCGCAACAGCUCUGGACCUCUAUAUGCACGUAUUUGGCGUCUCGCGACGAAAAUUUCACCCAGCCUUGCCUAGAGCUUCUACCUGCGCUUCUUGGUCCCUUCGGCCUCUCCAGUUCCCACACGGUCCUGCGAGUGAAUCUUUGCGCACUCUUCGCUCCACUUGCUGAGAUACUGGAAGACAUUCGACAGAGCCAUAAAAAGGAUUCUCCGUCAAAGGAUUUGAUGGAUUUGGAUGAUCGAUUAAUAGCCACGAGGGACCAAGCAUCUCCAGAUGAGUCUAUUGUGGCCUUGAACAGGGAAUCGCUGCCAUUGCUUAAUGAUGCCGCUUCAUUUCAACGUCGUAUGACUGUUCACUUGUCUAUACUCCUGAGAUCCUCUGUCGAAAAUGAAUCCUCUGAGCCUUUGGCCAGUUUAUCUCUCCUUGAUUAUCUGGUCAGCCUUGAUGAAUCGGAUCUCCUGGCUACCCACAAUAUAUUGCCCGAAGUCUAUCGAGCUUGCUCAAACAUGAACCGGCUUGGUCUACUCAACAUUCUCGAAGACCUGGGUGAGAAGUGUUUACAAUCCUACGAGAUGGAGCGAUGUGAAACUUCUCUAUGUCUUUGCAUCCAAAUGAUGGCUAGCUUUGUUGAUUCCUGGACAGGCGAGCAGAAUGACAACCUUAGCGAGUCAGCCAUGGACUUGUACAAUUGGUUCAUGGACGUGCUCGUGACCCGCAAAAAAGCAUCGCCUAAAGUCUCCGUUGCGUUGACUGGCCUUAUCCGAAUGAUCCUUGCUUCACGUCCAUCUUAUGGCAGUGACCAAGGUCUCCCUUCGCCGCGCACCUCCCUAUUUACCAUUCUCCAGGAUGGGGAUAUCCAAGUCAAGUUCAGCACAGCAAGCUUUAUUCCUAGCCUAUUCCAGCGCUACAUUCUGAAAGAUCAUGACGCCAUUUUUAAUGAUGUGCUGGAGAGCCUGCCUAGAGACCCAGACUGGGUUGAAGGAAUUGCACUCCGCUUGUUUGUGCUGUCGCGUCUUGCCUCCGAAUGGCAUACAUUACUUCGCAGAAGUAUCUACCAUAUGUUCGAGACACCCGCUCAAGUGCCAGCAUCUCUGUGGUAUGCUGGAAAAUGCAUGAAGUUCGUCUCCCAAAAUCUUGGCCUGCAAGACGCAAGAGAGCUCUUCCGGCUUUUCUCUUCUCAGAUACUCUAUACUUGGACCGAAACGCAGACAGUUAUGUCUAUGCCUUUCAGUAUCUUUGGGUAUCUCAGCCUGAAGGAUAUGCUAAAUGAUGCAACUGAUGAGAUUGUGGGCCAAAUGAUUAUGCGCGGCAAAGAUCAAGAUACAUCUGAGCUUGGCCAAUACCUCGGGAAACCCCAUCUUGACCUUUUGAGGGCAUCUUUCUACCGAGCUGAAGCAUAUAGCAUCGCACGAGAUAUCAGUACCCCUCCAGGCCAUGGCAGCCAGCCCAAAGGGGUGGAGAUUCGGCUGAGAAAAUUGCUUGGCGCGGACGGGUUUAUGGCAGAGAUCGAGAAUCAGUUUCCUCGGAUCAUUGCAAUUCUCUUCAAAUCACUUGACCACUACGAUCAAAUCGAGAGAGCAUUUUCAAAGCGAGAUAGUUUCCGGUAUGCGCUUGAAAUCCAAUCAAUCAUAGCCAGCAAAAGUUCGUCGCACAGUGUUCUGCCAGCAAAUCAGCAACCAUCAUUCAGAGCACGAUAUCUACUGGAUGAACUCGAGUUUCUAUGCAAACGCACUGGAUUUGAGCUUGAGCAAAUAUGGACACCUACGCUGGCCUCGUUUGUCUGUCGCUCGCUUUUCGAAUCAAUUCAUCCUGCUCUUGGCUCUCUUCAUGCAUGCUCUGUCAUUAGGAAAAUCAGAAUCCUAGUCUGCGUGGCUGGUCCCGUCAUGCUCCGGGAUUACCCGUUUGAGAUGGCCCUUCAUGCUCUCCGGCCCUUCCUCGCCGAUGUUCAUUGCUCGGAAGAUGCCCUUGGAAUCAUUUGGUAUCUCCUUGAGUCUGGAAAGGCUUACUUGAUGACAAGGCCUGGGUUUACCGUUGGAAUCGCUGUCUCCAUUUUAGUCACACUGCGGAAACUGUUCUUGUCAUCACCCGAAAGUACGACCCAGGACAGCCAGUUCAAAACAGUGCUAUCGAUCUCUCGAGAUUUUCACCAAUGGCUCUCUGGGUUUCUGGGAAACUGUUGUUCCCCAGCUUGGACUUCUGAAAUUCAGGAAUCGUUUACUCGGUUGGUGAGCCUAGCUCAACAAUACUCAACAGCAGGGAAACUAUCGAACUCCCAGAGCGAGAAGGGGCUAGUUCUCGCAGUGCUCAACGACCGAGACUCUGAGCAUUCCUUGCUGAGCAAACCAAUAGCCGAUGUAGUUCUAUCGUUGCUGUGCCCAGAUUUCAACCGCGUGCCUGAUAGCAGCGUUGAGGAUUCGGAUGACCUGGUCGACUCUGCCUCUCACAUUGUUUCUGUCUGGCAUACUCUUCACAACUUCAACGGGGGUGUUGGAUAUCGACUGUGGGCAGCCCGAACCUUUGGGAGAUCUUUCGCCACCACAGGCAAAAUAAGCCAGUUGUUACUUCGAGAGCAGGAUCUUUCGUUGUUCGAAGUGCCUGAAAGCUGUUUAUUGCCCGAUGUUUUCCUCCAGUCCAAUGGGAGCAUCCUUCAAGUGCUGUGCGAUAUGCUACAUGGACAAGCCCAUCCAGAAGCUGGGUUGGUUGAGCAUACGUUGCAGCUUAUCAUCAGCGGCGUUACAGAACAAAACGAGUUCCAACAAUAUGAAGAUGUCAUCGGAGAGACCUUGAUGAAGACUCUUAUUUGGAGCCCUUACCACUGCCCUGCCAUAUCACUCUCGCUCUCAGAGCUGGAAAGAUGUAACAAUACACCUCCAGACGCAUCAGAGCUCUCUAUCACUGAUUGGGCACGUAAUGUUGCCUUGUUUCUGUGCAACGCCGCGCUAAACCACCCGGUCAUUGGAUCCCUGUGCAAGAUUCUCAACGUGAUCCCCAGCCUAGCCGUGCGGCUAUUGCCAUACAUUGUCCACGGUGUGCUUCUUGCAGAGGCUGACGAGAGAGGGAUCAUCCGACAGACCAUUUCGGAUUUAUUCAAACGCAUAUUGUGCAAGGUGGAUGAAAGCACAGUGCCCCAUGCACAGCUUGUGAUCAGUUGUAUCCUGUAUCUGCGCAAUCAGCCCAAGCCCGACGAAUCUACUAUAGUCGAACGAGACCAUUGGCUGGACAUCGACUUCGGAGAAUCGUCAUCAGCCGCACACAGAUGCGGUCUGCACAAGACAUCUCUGCUGUUUCUUGAGAUUCAAGCAUCCCGGGUUAUCUCAGGUUCCCGACGCUCAUCUUUUGCAAAGUUUGAGCCUCCGUACGAACUUCUGCAUGAAGUUUUCAAAAACAUAGAUGAUCCGGACUUGUUUUAUGGCGUUCAACAAAGCUCUUCCCUAUCCACUGUGAUGGAGAGGUUGGAGUACGAAAGCUCGGGUCUGAAAAAUCUUUUGUUUCAGAGCGCACAGUACGACAGUGAGAUUCAGAUGUCGGAUACAGCAAAUUCGUUUGGGGUGGUGAAAGCUUUAAAUGCAACCAAUCUCCAAGGAAUCGCGAACACCAUGCUCUCUGCUUCUGGUGGUGUAGAACAUACAUCUGUCUCCUCCGACAGCAUGCUACAGGCAGCAACAAGCCUUCAGAAAUGGGAUAUUCCUGUCUCCCCUUUGGACUCAUCGUCGUCGGCAGCCGUCUUCCGGGCUUUUCAAAGCUUGAACAUGUCGGGAUCUCUAACAGAGGUCUUUGGCACCAUUGACGAGUGUCUAUUAACAACCCUUGACUCUCUUCUGAAUAAAAGCCGGUCCGCAAUUCAAAUGCGGUCUGCAAUGAGAGCGCUGGGCAUAAUGACGGAGAUGAGUGAUGUUCUACACUCGUCAUCGUCCGAGGCAAUGGAAGAGGAGUGGAAGAAAAUAAUGGGCAGAAAUACUUGGUUAAAAAUCGAGAGCUACCAUGAAGUGGGAGAGAUUUUGAGUUGGCAUGAAGCGCUGUUUUCAUCAAUAAGAAAACAUGACUAUCUACAGUCAUCCAUGAGUUUAGGCUCUCGGGACUCUCAACUCUUAGAAGUGAAGGUUAUUCGACAGUCACUGGAGAUCACCCGCAGCCAUGGCGUUUCUCAAGCAUCAUUGAAGUCUGCCAUCAGUCUGUCAAAGCUUGCUGGUCGUUGUGUGGAACUGGGCAUGAACAUUGAAGGUGUUGCGGAAUUCGACCUGGCUAAUGUUCUUUGGGACCAGGGUGAGAUGACUGCGUCCAUCCGAAUGCUCCAACAUUUAAAAGGCAACGGAGACCUUCACAAGCAAGCAAUUGCUCUCAGUCGUUCUGAAUUGCUUGUAACACUGGGCCACCAUGUCGCAGAAGCGCGGCUGGAGAAACCAGAUUUAAUCCUUCAAGAGUACCUAUACCCUGCAGUUAAAGAGCUCAAAGGGAAGUCGGAGGGUGAAGAGGCUGGUCGCGUCUAUCAUGGUUUUGCCACCUUCUGUGAUCAACAACUCCUCAACCCAGACGGAUUGGAGGACUUCAAGCGUGUCAAGGAACUACGCAACCGCAAAGAAAAGGAAGUUCUUGGCCUUGAAGAUAUGCUAAAGACUGCUGAGGGUAAAGAGAAGGAGUCAUUGAAGAUAUACCGGGCCAAAGCGAAGCAAUGGUUUGAUCUUGACGACCGUGAGUAUCAAAGAUUACACCGGAGCCGUGAGGCAUUCCUCCAGCAGUGCCUUGAAAACUACCUCCUUUGUUUGAGGGAAAGCGACGCCUACAAUAAUGACGUUCUCCGAUUCUGUGCCCUUUGGCUCGACAAGUCCGACAGUGAAACCGCCAACGCAGCCGUCGCCAGGUAUCUCAAAGAUGUGCCUAGUCGGAAGUUUGCACCGUUGAUGAAUCAGUUGUCAUCUCGCCUACUCGAUGUCUCCGAUGGUUUCCAGUCGUUACUCACUGGGCUGGUGUUCAGGAUCUGUGCAGAGCAUCCUUUCCACGGCAUGUAUCAGAUAUUUGCCAGCAGCAAAUCCAAGGGAGGCAAAGACCCGUCGUCUCAUUCCCGGUACCGUGCUGCUAAUCAGUUGGUUGAACGUUUGAAGAAUGAUAAAGGCAUAGGACCAACGUGGGUCGCUGUUCACAAUGUGAACAUCAGCUAUGUCCGUUUUGCUGUCGACAGACCAAAUGCCAAGUUCAAAAGCGGUGCCAAAGUUUCGCUCGAGUCCCUUUCCACCGGCCAACGUCUUGGGCAAGAUGUUGUUACCUACAAGUUGCCACCGCCAACUAUGAAAAUCGACCUUCGCGCCGACUGUGACUACAGCCGUGUACCCAUCAUUGUCAAGUUUCACUCUCAUUUCACCAUUGCGUCAGGAGUCAGUGCACCGAAGAUUGUGACUGCCGUUGCCAGUGACGGCGUGCAGUACAAGCAGCUGUACAAAGGAGGGAAUGACGAUCUGCGCCAAGACGCCAUCAUGGAGCAGGUGUUUGAGCAAGUUAGCAGUCUCUUGAAGGACCACCAGCCUACUCGACAGCGAAAAUUGGGCAUCAGAACUUACAAGGUCCUUCCGCUAACGUCCAAUGCUGGGAUCAUCGAAUUCGUUCCAAACACCAUGCCCUUGCACGACUUCCUGAUGCCCGCGCAUCAGCGAUAUUUCCCAAAGGACAUGAAACCCAGUAGCUGUCGCAAAAAGAUCUCCGACGUACAGACCAGAUCCUUUGAGCAACGCGUCAGGACCUACCGGUCGGUCACGGAACACUUCAACCCAGUGAUGAAAUAUUUUUUUAUGGAGAAGUUUAAUAAUCCAGAUGACUGGUUCAGCAAGCGGCUGGCGUACACACGAAGCACAGCUGCUAUUUCCAUCUUGGGUCAUGUACUCGGACUGGGUGACCGACAUGGGCAUAAUAUCCUCUUGGACGAGAAAACUGGAGAGGUGGUGCACAUCGACCUGGGAGUAGCGUUUGAACAAGGGCGGAUUCUGCCCGUCCCUGAAGUGGUGCCGUUUCGAUUGACUCGGGACCUGGUCGAUGGUUUCGGUAUCACCAAGACUGAAGGUAUCUUCCGGCGUUGCUGUGAAUUCACACUGGAGGCACUGCGGCAAGAGUCGUACAGCAUCAUGACCAUCCUCGACGUUCUUCGCUAUGAUCCAUUGUACAGCUGGACUGUAUCUCCUCUGCGGAUGAAGAAAAUCCAGGAUAACCAGGAGGCAGGUGACGGGCCGCCUGUUCUCCCCGGCACAGAGGAUAAAUCCUCGGCGAAUGAGCCGGGCGAGGCCGAUCGCGCCUUGACGGUAGUUGCGAAGAAAUUGAGUAAAACGCUGAGCGUCACAGCCACUGUCAACGAAUUGAUUCAACAGGCAACAGACGAGAAGAACCUUGCUCUGCUCUAUUGUGGUAUGUAUCUCGAUAUCGUUGCAACAGUGUAA